AUGGUCCUUCAUAUCCGUAUCCUUUGGACGGCCUCACUCUCGACGUUUAUCACCACUGUCACGAUCUGGACCUCCUUUGUGUCAACGAUAUCGCAGUCAGACUCGCCGUACAAGGGUGGGACGUUCAACCUCAAGUUGACAUUGCCCCCCAACUACCCUUUCAAGGCACCCACAGUGACGUUUACGACCAAGAUCUAUCAUCCUGGUAUCAAUGAAGAGGGCUCCAUUUGUGUUCCCGUGCUUCGAGAUGAGUGGAAGCCCACAGUGACACUUUCGUCUGUCUUGCAUAUCAUCCAAGACAAGUUGAACAACCCCAGCCCGGAUGAUCCUUUCGAACCUGAUAUUGCGGCGCUCUUGAAAAACGAUCAGGCCAAGUUCCUUGCUACUGCUAAGGAAUGGACCAAGAAAUACGCUUCAUAA